GGAAGCAGUCGUCCGCCAUCUCCGGAAACUACAAGUCAGCUGCUGGGAAGCUGAAUCUGUUUAUCCUCGAACCAGCUCUAUGGCUAACGCUGUCACUUGUUAGGAGGCAUUUCCAGCAGCUGAACGGCCCUUAACUUCUGGAAACUGGUGACAGACGGCGAAGAUGAAGCGUGUGUUUGGUAUCCAGGCCCUCUCCGUGGCUUGUUUUGUGCUGUUAAGCCAAGUGACAGCGAAGAAUUCUGAAGACAUCCGCUGUAAAUGCAUCUGUCCACCGUACAGAGAAGUUGAAGGGCAAAUCUACAAACAAAAUGUGUCCCUCAAAGACUGUAACUGUCUCCAUGUAGUUGAACCCAUGCCGGUGGAUGGGAAGGACGUGGAGGCGUACUGUUUACGCUGUGAGUGUAAAUAUGAAGAGAGGAGCUCAGGGACCAUCAAGUUUACCAUCAUAAUGUACCUCUCCAUUUUGGGACUGCUGCUGCUCUACAUGUUUUACCUGACUCUCCUGGAGCCUAUGCUGAAGAGGCGUCUCUUUGGACACUCGCAGCUUAUCCAAAGUGAAGAUGAUGUGGGGGAUCAGCAGCCUUUUGCCAACGCUCACAACGUUCUGUCCCGUUCACACUCCCGACCCAACAUGCUGAACAAAGUGGAGCAUGCCCAGCAGCGCUGGAGGAGGCAGGUCCAGGAACAGAGGAAGUCGGUGUUCGACCGCCACGUUGUUCUCAGUUAAACCGCCCUGUGAGUUACUGGUGGAGCAAACAAACAAACAACGCAACGACAACAACAAAACACUGUGACCGAGCCCUCUAUCAGUUCCUUUUUUUUUUUUUUCAUUUGUGGAGUGGGGUUCAUCUGAGUGGAAAUCAUUUUUGCCUGGAUGUAAAGGCAUAUAUAACAUUUCCAAAAGCAGAAAUUAGACAAUAAAGUCCCAGACCGGCCCAAAGCUAUCCAGUCCUUGGUUUUUACAGUUGAAACUGGUUUUCAAACCAGUAAAAUGUCCAGGUGUUGGUCGAUUACUAGACCUCCUAAUGACUGCAGUAAUAUUAUAUCAUAUUAGCAUUUAAAUGGUGAGUAUUUACACCCAAAACAAAAAUGAACAAAAUAUAACCACUGCUCUCGCCACAGGAGGAAGGAACUAGUGUAAAAUAGAAAUCUGUCAGCCUUCAUAGAAAUGCAUGUUUUAUAAUACCUCUUUUAUAAAAGUGUUUUCAACAAUCCUUCAUUCCUACCAUGAUGUUUAAUGUCUGAUAACUGCUGUAAAUUUCAUCAUUCAUUACAUCAAAUUUGAUAUUUUAAAGUAGCUUCAAUGAACCUUGUUCCAGAAAUCGAUGCAGUUUCUUGGUGAUGUCAUAGUGAACAUAGCUGUGCUAUUGGUCCUCAUCUGUUAAUGACCCUAUUAAAAUCAGUGCCCUCUUCUACUGCCUAACAAAUCUCUCUUUCAUUUUGGCACCUUUCUUUUUUUUUGUGCUUAGUCUCACAUCAGUUCCAUGAUCAAAGACCUUGUUGUCUGAAAGGCGGCAUUGGUACGACGGAGUGCUGUUAUUCUCAGAUCAGACAAGUUGGUUUUGUGUAUAGUUGAGGUGAGAGUGGACAAAGAGCCACUGCUGGGAGAUCUAUGAAAGUGUUCUUAACUAUUGUAUAUGUGAUACCUUUAACUUUGAAAUAAAUUUAUGUAAUAUUUGUGACUCUU